ACGGUGUUCCGCGAAGGACAAACCCAUCGCUAUUCCAUUUAUCGACGCUUAUCAAAGCUACUGUGCCCUGAAUACGAGGGCGGUGGUUUGACUAACGGUACGGUCUGGUUUCGUCUGAGACUACAGAGAUUGUCGCCUCGUUUGUUCAGCGAUGCUGCUCGACAGAAUGAGGCCAAACGCUGCUGUAGCGAAAGUGAUGCUGCUGGUGCUGCUCCAGAUCGUCUGUAUCAAACCCACUAAUGCCGAGGAGCCAGGAACAGUCAUCCCCGCAGAGAGCCGACCAUGUGUUGACUGCCAUGCAUUUGAGUUCAUGCAAAGAGCCCUGCAAGAUCUGAAGAAAACAGCUUUUAACCUAGACUCACGGACAGAGAGUUUGGUAUUGAGGGCUGAGAGGAGGGCCUUGUGUGACUGCAUGCCUGCCAGUAGCCUGCGCUGAAAGGCCAGACAUAAACACUCCACACAGAUAUAGAAAUCCUUAUAUACAUGUAGGAUACUACCUGCUCUCAUGGCCAUACACACACUCUCAGUCUCCCUCUCAAACAAACAUACACCAGAGCAUUCAUGGAUACAUGUUUACUCUUUCACCAUAGUAUGUGCUUACAACAUUAUAAAUACACAUUCCUAAUUAAUUAAGUUAACAAUUAAAUGACGGUUAAAAAUAAAAAUGCAAACGUUAAACAACACAUUCAUAUUAAAGAAGUAGCUUUAAUACACUUGCAUUAUGUUGCAUUUACAAAUAUUGCAUAAGUUGGGUGUAAAGAGGGGUCAGCGUUUCUUCUCUAGGCACAUUGCACUGCAAAAUAUAGGCCUACUGCAAAGUUUAAAAACAUUAAUAUUUAUCAUUAUGAUUAUUUGCAUGUUCGACAGUUUCACCAUUUUUUUGCUUUUUUGUGUUCUAAAAAUAUAUGAUUACAGUCAGACAAAAUAGCAUAUUUCUUAAACCAAUAGUGAAACUAUUAGAUAUUCAUUAGAUAUAUAUAAAAUGUGUAGUCUUUUUAAAUGUAGAACUUCAGAAGUUGUCGUUAGAGAGUUUGCUAAUCAUAGAUGUAUGGUUAAGACUGCAUGAAAAGUAAUAGUCUAGCAUUUUUUAUGCAGAGAUUUAGAAAGUGUCUUCACACAAAAUAAGAUAUGAGGGAUAUGAAUUCACGUAUGUAACAGUGUCUUUUUGUGUGCACAACAGAUUAGAAUUAAACAAAGCAUUUGUGACAUCAUAUUUGUAACGAAGAAAUUAAAGUGAUAGAGAACAUAACUAAUGCAUUGUGUUUGAAAUUAACUUUGCAUUUGUUACUUGAACUACUAACAUGUAAAGGGCAGCUAUAAAUGAUCAUAUGUCUUCUGUUGCUCAUACAGGAAACACAGUUAAUAUAUUAAUGUCAUGUUUUAUUAAGCUUAUGGUAAAUGAGUUGUGCAAACCAAAGUCUGUGUUUCUGCUUGUUCACUCUGUAUAUUUGUGACAAACGCCAUAAGCUUUAAUUGGUUAUAUUAUGUAAAAUAUAGAAAUAUAAAUAUACCUUGGCUCACAAAAAUGAUACACUCUCG